AUGUGUGAAAGAUCGAAACUGUUACAGGAGAGCUUGAGCGAAGAUGACAUGGACAUGCCACUGUCUGGAGUGUGUGAUGUGCAAGACUGCAGCAUUGAUCAUGUCUCCAAGAUUUAUGAAUUGUUGGCUACUGCAGUAGACUGUUGGGAGUUAGAUGAGCGAAAUUUGACAUUGACGCGACAUCAUCACCGAUGGCGCAUGGGACUGUUCUCCCCAGAGCAGUGUCGUGAUCUGCCUGUCCCACUGUCAAGAUUCACUGGCGAAAGAGUAACCACCAAACUGUAUGGAAGUGGAGUUUCGCCUGUCGAAGUGAGGGAUGCUGAUUUCCUCAAACUGGCAGACAAGACUGCGCAGGACACUGUCCGCUGGAAAGGUAAGUGUGUUUUCAAACUGCGUCACAAACCUGCGUUGCGGUAUCAGGGCGAACAGAGCCCCCGACUGCCCGAUGGCAAAACGAAGUUUUUUGGUGGUGGUAAAACUGACCGCAUUCCUCCGCGUACUGGCGCGACAACCGCCCCCCCGCCCACUGUUUCCCGCUCUAGGCCUGUUUCGAGCCGAGGAGGCGAGACUGCGGAGGCUGAUGCCUGCCUUUCGCGACUGCGAAGCCUAGACUGCGCUACGGCCUUAGAUGUGGAGAGAGUGUCAACUGACCAGCUGUGGGCUGAUCGUUACACUUACUUCACGACGUCGACUGAUGAGUCUCGUAUCGACACUGGUUUUCAGGAUUUGUGGUCUGACAUGAUUGAAGCUGAUGGAAGUGUCACGAAGUGUGAAGAACCGAGAGCUGAUCUGGGUCAUACCUGGACUAGCUACUGUCUGUUCGAGGCGCUGAGCCUAAGUCAAAACUGGCGCGCCCUGAUCCUGAAGCUGAUGCUGAGCCACUGGGCAAAGCGCAAAGAAUUGCCGCUAUAA